UGUUUGUUUUCCAUCAUGGAGGCUGCAGCUGACUUUCUGAAAGUGUUCCGCCCUGAGGCCGGGGGAUUGUCUCUGACACUCAGCCUCUUCCUCGUCUUUCUAGGUCUUGUGUACUGGUAUUCGUUUUACCCGUAUUCAGUCCUUUCUCGAUGUGGCAUCAAACAUCCGAAGCCAUUACCUUUCUUUGGCAACAUAUUGAUGUUUCGCCAGGGUUUUUUAGCCCCAGUCGCUGAUCUCAUAAGGACACAUGGCAGAGUUUGUGGGUACUACUUGGGACGCAGACCGGUGGUGGUGGUCGCAGACCCUGACAUGCUCAGACAAGUGAUGGUCAGAGACUUCAGCAGUUUCCCAAACAGAAUGACUAUUCGCUUUGCCACCAAGCCCACGUCUGACUGCCUGCUCAUGUUGAGGAACGAGCGCUGGAAGAGAGUGCGGAGCAUCCUGACCCCGUCCUUCAGCGCUGCGAAGAUGAAAGAGAUGGCUCCACUCAUCAACACAGCCACCGACGUUCUGAUGAACAACCUGAAUGUUUACGCUGAGUCCGGAGAGGCCUUUGACAUCCACAGAUGUUUUGGCUGCUUCACCAUGGAUGUUAUCGCCAGUGUGGCGUUUGGAACCCAGGUGGACUCUCAGAAAAACCCAGAUGACCCAUUUGUCCGUCACGCUCAGAUUUUCUUCUCUUUCUUCAGGCCCAUCAUGCUAAUUUUCAUUGUGUUUCCUUUCCUCGCGGCUCCUCUGGUGCGAUUCCUCCCCAACAAACGACUUGCCAAGAUGAAUGGGUUCUUUGUCAACUGUGUCCAGAAGAUCAUCAAGCAGAGGGAGGAGCAGCCUCCUGAACAGCGGCGUCGAGACUUCCUCCAGCUGAUGUUGGAUGCUCGAACCAGCAAAGAGUCUGUGUCUUUGGAGCACUUCGACACACUGAACCAUACUGAUGAGCUCAAUCCCAGGAACCAGCAAGCGCAGCCAUCGGCCUCGGAUCAGGAGGCCCACAGCAGGGCUCCUCAGAAAAAGAUGAUCACUGAGGAUGAGAUCGUGGGUCAGGCUUUUGUCUUCCUCCUGGCAGGCUACGAAACCAGCAGCAACACCCUGGGCUUCACCUGCUACCUGCUGGCCAUCAACCCUGAAUGUCAACACAAAGUACAGGAAGAGGUGGAUGAGUUCUUCACAAGACAUGAGUCACCAGAUUACACUAAUGUUCAGGAGCUGAAGUAUUUGGACAUGGUUGUAUGUGAAGCACUGCGCCUCUACCCUCCUGGAUUCAGGAUUGCACGAGACAUCGACCAGGACUGUGUGGUGAAUGGCCAGUUUCUCCCUAAAGGAGCAUCGCUGGAGAUCCCAGCAGGAUUCCUCCAUUACGACCCAGAGCAUUGGCCAGAGCCCGAGAGGUUCAUCCCUGAGAGAUUCACCCCAGAGGCCAAGGCCAGUCGACAUCCGUUUGUGUACCUACCGUUCGGGGCCGGUCCACGUAACUGCGUGGGCAUGAGGCUCGCUCAGCUGGAGAUCAAAAUGGCUUUAGUUCAUCUGUUUCACAAAUUCAACAUCGUGGCCUGCACUGAGACCAAGGUUCCUCUCGAGUUGAAGUCAUUAAGCACUUUAGGACCCAAAAAUGGCAUAUUUGUGAAAAUCACGAGAAGAAACUCGGGAGGAGAUCGAUUGAAUUCAACACGAGAGGAUUAGAAACUCACUGUUCAUCUUCUUGGCUGGUGGAAAAAGUUCCAAAUCAUCCAAUAGGUCCAUGUUGUAAUACUUUUCUGCAUUACUUUUGAACUUAGCCCCAAUACUCCAUAAGUUUGCACUGUGGCAUUAUGAUUUUCUUUUUUUAAAAAAAACAAUUUCCUCUUUGUGAUGUGAUUCAUUUUUUUAGUCUCAACAGCUGCUGUGUUGAAUUUUAACCAAUCUGUUGGGAGUGAGUCUGAGUUCAUGAAUUUGUAUAGAAGUCAUUAAUCCAUUUUAGUCUUGAAUAAAUGCAAUAAGUUUUCUGAUGAUGACGAUUCACCAUGUGUGUAGUUCAGUGACUAAAGAGAUAAAAGGUGAAUAAAGACAGAACUGCUAGUUACAUGUAAAAUGGGUUAAACUCCACUUGUGUGUAAUUAAAUAUUCUAAGAUAAUGAGGAGAUUUCAUUUUAUUGGCUGCACUGGGAAAAUAAAGG